ACUCCUAAAGUGGAUAAGCCUUUCAGUGUCUGAGGGGAUGACACUGAGUAAGCUGACUCGGCACGUGUCAACCAGGUUAUAGGUUAUUGAGUAAAGCUCUGAUGUAGGAUAUGUAGACAUUGAAACCUUUAUUCCAGGUCUGGCUAUUUUAAAGUUAAAAAACAUUUCCAUAUUUUGACCCACCUUGAUUCCCGAGCUACUGCACUCUGCACUCAGGAUGAGACGGCGAAAUGACCGGGUUGAACUAGGUCUGCCUAGGAUCUCUGCUAAUAAUAGUAUUUUGCAAAUCCUCUCACAAACCAACAGAAACUAACAUGCACUCAGAAGGGAGCUGUGUUGGCAAUACCUUGCUAACAUGUAGAAAAUGUGUUAGAGCAUGUGAAGCUAUUACGAAUCUACGUCGUUUUGUAAGCAGUUUGUUCCCGCUGGUCUGAUUUGAUGUUAUAGCUAAAACCUGAGGACAUUUUGGUCGUGUUUCUUCGAUUUUUUGGGGGGACGUGAAAAUAAAUAGUUUAAAUGGCCUCCAAAGGAUAUGCGGACACCGCCCCAGGACUGUUACCCCCGGCCCCGGCUUAUUCCAAAGAGGUGCCGCCAGGACACAAUGCAGUCUACACCGCGCCCGUCGUGGUUCCACCUCCACCAAGCUACGUGACACCUUCAGCCCCUCCAUUUCAUAUGAUGAUGCCUGCCCUACAAGGAACCCACAAUACUGUCUACCCAGCGCCCACCAACCCCGGAUUCCCACCGUCCAACUACGUGAUCCCUACUGCCCCACCGAUGAUGCCUGCCCCUCUCAGUCACCAUAACGCCGUCUACCCUGCGCCCCCAAACCCUGGAGUUCCGCCGGUACCCCCAGGCUACAUGCCCCCACCUGUUCCUGCCCUGAUGCCCGCGCCGACGCUUGCCCUCCAACCUGCCGGCUGCCCCCCGGGAUUGGAGUAUCUCCUUCAGAUCGACCAGCUUCUCGUCCAUCAGACUUUCCAUCUGGCCGAACUGUUGGGCUGGGAGGUUCGAAAUUCUUACAGCGUGAAGAACAGCGUCGGGCAACAGGUGUUUCUCGCCGAAGAGGAGAACAACUGCUGCACACUUCAGUGCUUUGGCCCCAGCCGACCUUUCACCUUUCACAUCCAGGACAACCUGGGGCAGGAGGUGCUCACCCUGACACGCCCCCUUGCAUGCAGCUACUGCUGCUUCCCCUGCUGCCUGCAAGACCUGGAGGUGCAGAGUCCCCCUGGUGUUCCAAUAGGGUACGUGGUGCAGGAGUGCCACCCCUUCCUGCCCAAACUUACUCUGCUGAACGAGAGGAGACAGCCCCAGCUCAGGAUCAAGGGGCCUCUGUUUUUCUGCAGUUGCUGCCGAGAUGUCGUCUUCGAGGUGAAAACUCUGGAUGAGUCAAUGGUGAUAGGGCACAUUAGUAAGCAGUGGUCUGGCUUCUUGCGAGAAGCCUGCACGGAUGCAGAUAAUUUUGGAAUCUUGUUUCCAGUGGACCUGGAUGUGAAAAUGAAGGCCGUACUGUUGGGAGCCUGCUUCCUCAUCGAUUUCCUGUAUUUUGAAGAGAGGAAAGGAGACAAGAAACGUUGAUG